AUGUAUGCCAACGGCCUCCCUCGCAACCCCUCGCAGCGCUCGCAGGCCUCGCAGGGCUGGACAGACUCGAACCAGUCGACGCGGAGAAACUCGACCGCCUCGCGCAAGUCCAUACCCGCCGGCGGCCAAGACUGGACACCUCUCGGACGGGGGGUCAUGUCCAGCCGCAACAUCAACACCAACGACAUGGUCGACAAGUACGGCCGGGCGGACGACGAGAAGCCCGCCAGGCCAGACGGGUACGACGCCGAGGUCCCCGGCUUCCAUGAUCCUCAGAGCCAACAGCACGACCACGGGCACGACGACGACCACCACUCGGGCUCGCACGUCGACAUCUACGACCCCAACCGGCCGAAGCUGGGCUUCAAGCAGCGCCUGCACCACUUCACCUGGGCGUGGUACACGCUGCCCAUGAGCACGGGCGGCCUCGCGCUGCUCAUCUUCGCGCAGCCGCACCAGUUCCCCGGCUUGCGCUCCAUCGGCCUCGCCGUCUACAUCAUCAACAUCCUCAUCUUCACGGCCGUCACGGCGCUCAUGGCCGCGCGCUUCCUGCUGCACCCGGGCGACAUGUCGGCGUCCAUCAAGCACCCGCGCGAGGGCUUUUUCGUGCCCACCUUCUUCCUCGCCGUGGCGACGCUCAUCACCAGCACGAACCGCUACGCCAUCCCCGAGAACGACGUCGGGCUCGUCUGGGCCAUCCAGGGCGCCUUCUGGGCCUACGUCGUGGCCACGCUGAUGCUCGCCGUUGGGCAGUACAGCUUCGUCUUUGCCGCGCACAGCUUCGGGCUCAACACCAUGAUGCCCACCUGGAUCCUGCCCAUCUUCCCCAUCAUGCUUUCUGGUACCAUCGCCUCCGUCAUCGCCGCCACCCAGCCCGAGAUCGUCGCCGUGCCCAUCAUCGUCGCGGGCCUGACGUGCCAGGGGCUGGGCUUCUCGGUCGCCAUCAUGAUGUACGCACACAUGGUUGGUCGCCUCAUGCAAGCGGGCCUGCCGAACCGCGAGCACCGCCCCGGUCUGUUCAUGUGUGUCGGUCCUCCUGCGUUUACGGCUUUGGCCGUCAUCGGCAUGGCGAAUGGGCUGCCCAAGAACGUGGACCCGGAUAUGGACGGGCGCCUAUUUGACCAGGGCAUCAUCCGCACCAUCGCCCUCAUGAGUGCCAUCUUUCUUUGGUCUCUCAGCCUAUGGUGGUUCGGCAUCGCCUUUGUCGCCGUCGUCCAGUCGCCGCCCAAGUACUUUCAUCUCGGCUGGUGGGCCAUGGUCUUCCCCAACACGGGCUUCAUCCUGGCCACCAUCACCAUCGCCAACGAGCUGGGUAAUGAAGGAGUAAAAUGGGUGGCGACGGGAAUGAGCAUUCUGCUGCUAAUCACCUACUUCUUUGUCUUUUACAAUCACGUCCGGGCUGUCCUGUCGCAGGACAUCAUGUACCCUGGCCGAGACGAAGACGUCGAGGACCAUUGA